AUGGACAACAAUAAUCUGAAAACAGUGCUCAAAGAGUUCCUCCGAGAAAGCAGGUACAUGAUCGUCCUUGAUGAUGUUUGGAGCAUAGAUGCAUGGGAUGCGAUCAAAAUUACAUUGCCAAACCGCAACUGUGGCAGCCGUGUGCUACUCACAACACGUAUCGGUAAGGUGGCUUCUACUUCUUGUAAUGAAUUCCAUGGUUACAUCUAUGAAAUGAAAGCUUUGUCUCCAAAAGAGUCUUGGACUCUGUUUUGUAAGAAGACAUUUCAGGAGAAGGAUUGUCCUCCACAUUUAAUUGAAAUUUCAAAACGUAUCCUGAGAAGAUGUGAGGGCUUGCCACUUGUGAUUGUGGUGAUUUCUGGGGUGUUGGUUUCAAAGGACCAGGGAAGAGUAGAUGAAUGGGAGUUGGUGAAUCGCAGUCUUGGUAGUGAAGUUGAAGGCAGUGAUAUGAAGAGAAUAUUGUUGCCAAGUUACAAUGAUUUGCCUUACUAUCUCAAGUCUUGUCUCUUGUACUUGAGUAGUUUCCCAGAGGAUCAUUUGAUCGAUUGGAUGAGCACGAUUCGAUUGUGGAUCACAGAAGGAUUUGUGGAAGUUAAGGAAUUUGGAAAGACACUAGAGGAAGUUGCAGAGGCUUACCUCUAUGAGCUCCUUAAUAGAAGCUUGAUUCAUGUAGCAGGACGCAAGUUUGAAACGAUUAAAAGUUGUCAUGAACCCAUUUCUGAGUCCUCCAUGCCUCUAUUGUUCAAUGGUGGGUUGAGGUUGUUAAAAGUUCUACACUUGAGAAAUGCUUCUUUGGAGAGAUUUCUAGGCCAUGUGGUCAAGUUGUUCCAUCUAAAGUAUAUAAGCUUGAGAGGAACAAAUGUGAAAGUGCUUUCAAAGUCGAUUGGAUUGCUUUGGAACCUAGAGACAUUAGAUCUUAAAGACACGUAUGUGGAGGAGUUACCCGUUGAAAUUCUAAGGCUUCAAAAGUCGCGCCAUCUUUUGUUAUAUCGUACUGAAACUGGGCAAAUUUAUUUUCCGUUUCACUUGAGAUAUGGCUUUGAAGUACCAUCUAAGAUAGGAGGCUUGCAAUCCCUACAAAAGUUAUGCUUCUUAGAGGCAAACCAUGCCAACGGUAGCACCCUAGUGAAAGAGAUAGAAGACUGA